AUGUCCAACAACGCCGUUGGCAACGUCUAUGAGCAGAUUAUCAAUGAGGUAAUCAACUCAUCGCGCGUCGAUUUCGAGGAGGGCGGUGUAGACGAGAACGUGUUGGAGGAACUCAAGAAGGGCUGGCAGGAGAAGUUAUCGCAACUCGAGGUCGCAAGCUUCCCAUGGGAUCCCAAACCAGAUGCUGCACCCCCGGCCGCCCCGGCACCCGCACCUGCCGCACCCCCACCGCAAGCCGCCCAGUACUCGCAGGCCCAGCUGAGUCCUCAGCUGCCUCUGCAAGGCGUUCCGCUUCCUGGUCCUGCCCCCGGAAACCCUGCUAUUAAGGAGGAACCAUACAUCAAGCCCGAGCCUGGCGUCCAAAAUGUUGCCUUGAACCCGUCUCAACAGGAAGGUAGCAACCAGGCUGCCUUCCGCGCUGCCCAGCACAUCAGAGGUCAGUUCGGCGAGAAGGGUGCCGGCUCAAUCAACGCGAUUCAGUCCUCUGCUACAAACAGACCCGCCGGCCAGCCUCCCAUGCCCCAAAUGCCCGGCCAGCCUGCCCAGCAACAAUAUCGCCCACCCCAGCCGCAGGGCCAACAACAGCGGCCUGCAAGCAACGGUCAGCCUGGCGUGAACCCCUCGCAGACUGAUGGCGCCGAUGAUGACUUCGACUUCGAGGGCGUCCUGAUGCAGCGCAACGCUGACGGCACUCAGCGUGAGCUCGGCCGUGUCGACAUUGAUCGCAUGAUCCACGCGCGGAUUGCUGCCAACGCAAAGAGCAUGGAGGGUGGCGGUCUUAUGCUGCCUCUCCAAGAGGCUACGAAACACAAGGCCGCGGCCACCUCGCGCUCCAAGGGCAAGGAGCAUGGCGUUGCCCCCUACGAUGGCUACGACGAUGAUGAGCUUGACGAAGAUGCAAUCAACUCGGAUCUCGACGACCCUGAUGAGGAUAAGGAUGAUGACGAAGUCGACGACGAGGGUCUGGGCCACAUCAUGCUCUGCAUGUACGACAAGGUCCAGCGCGUCAAGAACAAGUGGAAGUGUAUCCUCAAGGACGGUGUCCUUACGGUGAACGGCAAGGAGUACGUUUUCCACAAGGCUACCGGCGAGUACGAGUGGUAA